AUGGAAUGGUCGACAUCCUACUCACCCCUUCAACUGCUGCAGCCGGUUGAGAUGCUGCAAAAGACCCCAGACCUCUCCUUCCUCGGGCGACGGACAAUGGCGCCUCGGCCUCUGUCAGAAGCCACCGAGAUCUUUGACACUGACAACGAGGACGACGAAUCCGGCUCACUACCAAAACCUUGGGACUCACAAGAUGAUGACAGUGAAUCGACUCUAUCGUCCAGCCGGGAUGAGCUCCCAACCCCACCUCAUAGCGGUGGCCUUGGCGGCUUCGAGUUCCAUUUCGAUGACCGGGCAGUGCUGGGCCCCCAAGGGCCUCACUUAUUCAGAGGCACUCCGGAGAUCUUAACGAAUCCCGACGACGACGUCUUCCUCAACAUGUCCCCGGUUGUCGAGCCCAAGACCCCAGCAAAGCCCAUCAACGCUCUUAACACUGCAGUCGCAGAACUCGACGAGUCCCAGGUUCGAACAUGGACUCCUCGACAAGUGGCUGACUGGAUGGCCGAGGCGGGCUUCGAGCAGACGGUCGUGGAAAAGUUCCUCAUCCACGACAUCUCCGGCAGUGUCUUGAUCGACUUGCAAUUCGAGGAUCUCAAGGAACUCGACAUCAGCUCCUUUGGAAAAUGCCAUAGAGUCAUGAGCUCCAUCCACCAACUCCGCAACAGCAGCAUGAUUUCCCUAGAAACGCCCCUCUCACGGACGCCUUCGAGAAACACCAGAAGUCCCAGAGCUGUGCAACGGGCUGCACGCCCAGAAGAAUGCCACGUCGUCGUCGAUCGGUCUCGGUCCCGGAGACGGGCUCGCCAGCCCGAUGUCGUCACCCCGGCAGAAUCCGUCUCCAUUGUUGGCAUUGAACAGGUACUCCCCAAAGAGCACAAGUGCUCCAAAGGCGAAGACUGCCCCAAGUGGCAGAAACAACAACGGAGGAUUCUUCGUAUGCAGCGUGCAUGGGAAGAUGACGCACGCCGGCCUGUGUCUGAGGCCCGAUCCGAAGCCUUGCCGUCGGUCGUGGGUUCGUCGGACGUCCUUGGACCCUCUUCUGUGAAGAUCACCGCCGAGACACUAAGCGGCGUCCAGCCCCGCGAUCCGCAAGAGAGCGUCCGACAAUUCCUCAACUUCCAACAUGUCCACAGCCCAUCGCACUCGAGUAACCCGUCGCCGCCUCCUGCCGCCUCCGCUUCAUUUGCCGUCAAGUCCGCUCACCUCGCCGAGCACCUGCGGGGGCUCCCCAAGCUCACGAUCCCUGUGGGACAAGCUCAAGACGAACUUCCGUCGAGGACUCCCAUCUCCGCCCUCCAACAACCCACUCAGAUCCAAGCUCAACUCAAGGCUCAGUUGCAGCGAGAUCCAUACCACUAUGGCGGGGUUGCGUCCCCAGCUGACAUCUACCGUAUCGACACCCCUAUGUCGGCAACGGAUAUUCCCGUUACUGCCAUGGCUGCGGAUCCUUGCCAACGUGACGUCUCCCAAUCCGUGCCCCCUGAGAUGCGAUAUGGCGCUGGUGCCGUGACAAUCAGCCCGCCCGAACCUAUCCAGCGCUGCAUGUCAACUCAACCUGUCCCUCGGCGCCACCAUCGCCAGCAGUCUUUCACGCCCUCCGUGGCUCCCGUCAAGGAGAACGAUACACUUGUGCCUCGCCCCUCCGUCCGACGGACCGAGAUUGAACUCGCCCACCACCAAGGCUGGAUGCGGAAGCGCAAGACCACCCGCAUGCUCCGGCACGAGUGGCAAGACAACUACUGUACGCUGGUCGGCAACAAGUUAACGAUGCACGACACCCACUACGCCAACGCCAAUGCUCUAGAGGACAUUGACGUGGACGAGUACACCCUGCACGCCUAUGCUCAAGCCUCGAGUUCGAAGCUCAGCGCUGCCUUCAAGAAGAGCCUCCUCGGUCAGGGCAGGAGCCCUGCGGGCGACCAAACUUUCGCCUUCUCCCUGAUCCCGGACAACGAAAAGGUAAACAGGAGGAUUUUCGACAAAGGCCAGAAGUCUCACCACUUUGCCGUCGACAGCUCCAAAGAGCGCAUCGAGUGGAUGAGAAAGCUGAUGCUGGCCAAAGCCAUGAAGAAGAACGAUACCUGCCGGAUCUGA